UUGCCUGCCUGUUGAGCGACAAUCAGACCUGUGAUUUAAGAAUUUUAUAAACGACUUGCACGUUCACCUGAAUUUUUAUAUGAUCAUUUGAUUUGCAAAACAAGUUCACUCGUGCAGAUGUCUCCAGGCCACUUCUAUCAAGGAAAGUGGAAUCGAUGCUGCUCGUGUGCGAUAAUUAGAUUAGUACUAUACCUUGUCUUCUGUUAAUGGGCUAUAGUGGUUGUCUUGUGAGUUGGAGAUGUGGUGGGGGAGGAGACAUUGACAAACAUAGCUGAUAUGGAUUGAAUCGAAAUAAUGUUAGUGAGAUUCCUCGUCUUUAUAAAGGCAGUACUUCAGACGCAAAGGAAGGCAAAUUGCAAGACUGACAAUUCACAUUCACCUGCUUUAGUCUCUCCCCAUUGAGGAAGGAAAAUAUGGCUGCUUCUUCUAACCACAAAAACAGCUUCCAUGCUCGCUCCAACAGUUUGCCCUCUAGAGAAAACCCAAUCAUCACCCAACUUGAUGAGCAUUUGUGCAGAUUGAGGGCUUCUGAAGAUGCCUCUACGUCAUCAUCCUUCAGCGGCAAACUAAGUAGACUUCAGGAUUUGCAUGACUGUGUCAGCAAGGUGCUUUUGUUACCACUCACCCAACAAGCCAUAGCCCAAGAGAACAAUGAGAAAUGGGUUGAUGAGCUAUUGGAUGGAUCUCUUCAGGUCCUGGAUUUGUGUAAUACUGCAAAGGAUUCCUUGUUGCAAACAAAAGAAUGCAUGCACGAGCUUCAAUCCAUUUUACGCAGAAGAGGUUACGGUGAAAUUGGUCUCACAAAUGAGGUUAAGAAAUACUUAGCCUCUAGGAAGGUAGUGAGAAGGGCAAUUCACAAGGCCUUGAAGGUUAUGCAAAACAAAUGCACCUUCGCCACCUUUAAUGGAGACCAUGAAACCACAACCAUGUUUAACAUGUUAAAGGAGGCUCAAACAACCUCUCUUAAUGUAACGGAAUCCUUGCUCUUCUUCGUCUCCGGACCAAAGACGAAGUCUGUUGGUUGGUCAUUAGUCUCCAAGCUGGUGCACCACAAAACAGUAGCCUCCGCGGAUCAAACUGAUAGAAAUGAGUUUGCUGAAAUGGAUGCCGCAUUGAUAGGAUUGGUAGAACACAGGACAAGCAAAUCUGAUAACAUCAAGGUUGUGCAAAGCCAACUGGAGAACUUAGAGUUGUGCAUUCAAGAUCUCGAAGAAGGUCUCGAGUGCCUCUUCAGGCAUUUGAUCAAAACUAGAGUCUCCCUUCUCAACAUCCUAAAUCACUAGAGCCUGAACAAUUUUGAUCUACUCAUACUUGUACAUUAUUAAUGAAAUAUACAUGUAUUAUUCCGGAGACAUACAAUGAAUUCAGAUGAUGAAAAUCUUCCACUA